GAAAAAAAAAAAAAGAAAAAGCCAAAACAAAAGGGAGAACCUUCUCCCCUAGCAGCGACAGGAACUGCAAACAUGAUGGCGGCAGCUCCCAUCCAGCAGAACGGGACCCACACUGGGGUUCCCAUAGACUUGGACCCGCCGGACUCGCGGAAAAGGCCUCUGGAAGCCCCCCCUGAAGCCGGCAGCACCAAGAGGACCAAUACGGGCGAAGACGGCCAGUAUUUUCUAAAGGUUCUCAUACCUAGUUAUGCGGCUGGAUCUAUAAUUGGGAAGGGAGGACAGACAAUUGUUCAGUUGCAAAAAGAAACUGGAGCCACCAUCAAGCUGUCUAAGUCCAAAGAUUUUUACCCAGGUACUACUGAGCGAGUGUGCUUGAUCCAGGGAACAGUUGAAGCACUGAAUGCAGUUCAUGGCUUCAUUGCAGAAAAAAUUCGAGAAAUGCCCCAAAAUGUGGCCAAGACAGAACCAGUCAGCAUUCUGCAACCCCAGACCACCGUCAAUCCAGAUCGCAUCAAACAAACAUUGCCAUCUUCCCCAACUACCACCAAGUCCUCUCCAUCUGAUCCCAUGACCACCUCCAGAGCUAAUCAGGUAAAGAUUAUAGUUCCCAACAGCACAGCAGGUCUGAUAAUAGGGAAGGGAGGUGCUACUGUGAAGGCUAUAAUGGAGCAGUCAGGGGCUUGGGUGCAGCUUUCCCAGAAACCUGAUGGGAUCAACUUGCAAGAGAGGGUUGUCACUGUGAGUGGAGAACCUGAACAAAACCGAAAAGCUGUUGAACUUAUCAUCCAGAAGAUACAAGAGGAUCCACAGAGUGGCAGCUGUCUCAAUAUCAGUUAUGCCAAUGUUACAGGUCCAGUGGCAAAUUCUAAUCCAACCGGAUCUCCUUAUGCAAACACUGCUGAAGUGUUACCAACUGCUGCAGCUGCCGCAGGGCUAUUAGGACAUGCUAACCUUGCUGGCGUUGCAGCCUUUCCAGCAGUUUUAUCUGGCUUCACAGGCAAUGACCUGGUGGCCAUCACCUCUGCACUUAAUACAUUAGCCAGCUAUGGAUAUAAUCUCAACACAUUAGGUUUAGGCCUCAGUCAAGCAGCAGCAACAGGGGCUUUGGCUGCAGCAGCUGCCAGUGCCAACCCAGCAGCAGCAGCAGCCAAUUUGUUGGCCACCUAUGCCAGUGAAGCCUCAGCCAGUGGCAGCACAGCUGGUGGUACGGCGGGGACAUUUGCAUUAGGUAGCCUGGCUGCUGCUACUGCUGCAACCAAUGGAUAUUUUGGAGCUGCUUCUCCCCUAGCUGCCAGUGCCAUUCUAGGAACAGAAAAAUCCACAGAUGGAUCAAAGGAUGUAGUUGAAAUAGCAGUGCCAGAAAACUUAGUUGGUGCAAUACUUGGCAAAGGAGGGAAAACAUUAGUGGAAUACCAGGAGUUGACUGGUGCAAGGAUACAGAUCUCCAAAAAGGGAGAAUUCGUACCUGGCACAAGGAAUCGGAAGGUAACCAUUACUGGAACACCAGCUGCAACACAGGCUGCUCAGUAUUUAAUUACACAAAGGAUCACAUAUGAGCAAGGAGUCCGGGCUGCCAAUCCUCAGAAAGUGGGUUGAGUGCCCCAAUUAUACAUCAGAUUGUUUUAACCCCUCCUUUACCCCAUUUUCAAGAAGGAUGUACUGUACUUUGCAGAAGUGAAGUUUUUCUGUUAUUAAUAUAUAAUUAUGCAAAUGAAUGCGACUAUGUUGACAAUGUGUAUAUGUAAAUAAUAUGUGUUUUACCAGAUGUUUCAUAGGAAGAAUUUUUUCUUGAUCUGUUUUGUUCUCUAUACUUUGCUUGUGUAUAUUUGUCAGAGGUGUUUCUAGUGUAAGAUUUAAGCCUGCCAUUUUACCAGCAUUAUUGUAGUUUAAUGAUUGAAUGUAGACAGGGAUAUGCGUAUAGUUUUCAAUAUUAGUUCUAGAUAACACUAAAUUAACUACUGUUAGGUUGAGUAUGGUGGGGUCAGUGACCUAAAA